GAAGCUAUUCCGUACUGAAUCAGCAUGGGAUAGAGUGCCUAGAAGACGUUCAGACCAAGCACAGCUAGCGCGUCCCUGCUGGUUCUCCAUUCUGCAUCCGUGCAGCCACGUUCUAUUGAUGGCCUGUUGUGAUUUCAAUGGAACAUCAUGGGAUGUACCUGGCACGCCGGGCAGCACUGGAUGGAGGUGCCUUUAGCCCAAUGUACCUGGCAUGGUGGUAAGGUGAAGGUGAAAGGAAGAGAAGGUGGAGAUGGAACUGCCAAAUCAUGCCAAACAACUGCUACUGCAGCUGAACCAGCAACGAGCCAAAGGUUUCCUCUGUGAUGUGAUCAUUGUGGUAGAAAAUGCCCUGUUUCGUGCCCAUAAGAACAUCCUGGCAGCCAGCAGCAUGUAUUUCAAAUCCCUUGUCCUGCAUGACAACCUGAUUAACUUAGACACGGACAUGGUGAACCCCACCGUGUUCCGGCAGAUCUUGGACUUUAUUUAUACUGGUAAGCUCUUAACGACUGACCAGCCCGGUGAACAGAACUUUAAUGCUCUCCUCACCGCAGCAAGCUACCUCCAACUGCACGACCUGGCAGCUCUCUGCAGAAAGAAGCUGAAGCGGAACAGCAAGUCCUUCGCUGGCAAGGCCGGUGGCCUUGGUCUCGGGAGAUCUGCCAGGAGUCAGAGACUUUCCACUGCUUCGGUCAUCCAAGCUCGCUAUUCAGGGUCAAAUGAGGGGUUGAAGGGCUCGCACUCAAAGGACCUGUCAAAGGGAAGGCUCUCCGAUGACGAGGUCUUCAUCAGCAGUUCCAACCAAGAGAACUGUCACUCCUUAAGCAGGGGAGCCAGUAAGAACGGUGGUGGGGGCAGCAGUGCGAAUGGAAGCACCGGCGACCAGGAGCUAGGCCUCGAUCUGUCCAAAAAAAGCCCGUCGCUCCCUGUUGCGGCCUCCCACGAUGACACGCAGCACAGCGAAAGCCAGCACGGCUCUCCCCAAUCUGCCUCAGCCCCUGCAGCCAACAGUGCCUCAUCGUUCGACGAGUCUGGAGUCGGAGCCCCUCACAGCAUGGCGGACAGCAGCGACCCCAUGGAGAUGGAUCUGGGUGAAGAGUGCCACCACUCAUUGACGGAGAGCAGCCAGCGCAAGGGCCUCCGGCACUCGUCCCGCAAGAAGGAGUGGAUCAAGAAAGACAACGCCUUUGACCAAAAGGAGGGGAGCAAAGACAGGGACGAGGGCGAAGGGCUGCCCAACGGUAUCCUGCUGGGGCCCUUGUCCAAGUCCAUGGAGCGGAGUCUGGCCGGGGCCUACGGCGCAGACCUACCCUACCCAUGCAAGGAGGAGGUGGAAAAUGGUAAGGAGAACAGUGACGACAGCUGCCAGAGCGAGAGCGAGAGCGGCGGGCAUACUAGUGCCAACUAUGUCUACCGGCAGGAGGGGUUUGAGCCAGUGGCCUACGGUGACAACCUGUAUGUUUGUAUCCCCUGUGGCAAAGGCUUUCCCAGCUCCGAGCAGCUCAAUGCCCACGUGGAGACGCACACCGAGGAAGACCUUUACAUCAAGGAGGAAGGGACGUAUGGCGGCAAGGAUGAAGCCGAGGAUUUGUCCAACCCCAACCAGUCCUAUGCCGCGGAGUCCCGACCCUUCAAGUGUUCAGUGUGUGAGAAGAGCUACAAGGAUCCAGCCACGCUGCGGCAGCAUGAGAAGACUCACUGGCUGACACGGCCCUUUCCUUGCAACAUCUGCGGCAAGAUGUUCACGCAGCGGGGCACCAUGACACGGCACAUGCGCAGCCACUUAGGGCUCAAGCCCUUUGCUUGUGAGGAAUGCGGGAUGCGCUUUACCCGGCAGUACCGACUGACAGAGCAUAUGCGUGUCCACUCAGGAGAAAAACCUUACGAAUGUCAACUGUGUGGUGGGAAAUUCACCCAGCAGCGCAAUCUGAUCAGCCACCUGCGAAUGCAUACCUCUCCCACAUAAGCCAAAGACUCCAGAAUGAGCUUCGAGCCCAUCCGCAGUGAUUUACCUUUCUGUAGACUUGCUGCUUAAAAAAAAA